AUGCUUCUAAAGAAAACUUUGGUCGUUGCUGGCUUAGCUUUGGCACAGAGAAGCCUUGCUUCCUUGCAAAUUGUCCCUGGCGGGUCGUGGACAGCAUCUGGUACAAACCAACACGUCCAGGCUCAUGGCGGAGGUAUGGAUAUGGACCAAAGUAUCCGUUGUGUCAGCUGUAUCUUCGAGCUCACAUCUCUUCCUCUAGGCAUAAUCGAAAUUGAUUCCGUCUACUACUGGAUUGGCGAGAACAAGUUGAACGGAAGUUCCUUCCAAUCCGUCAAUUGUUAUUCCAGCACCAACUUGGUAGAAUGGACUUUUGUCGGAGAGCUGCUCUCCCUUGAGAGCAGUGGAGACCUUGGCCCGAAUCGAAUCGUCGAGCGUCCCAAGGUCAUUUACAACGAGGCCACAUCCACGUAUGUGAUGUGGAUGCACAUUGACAACAGCAGUUACGGGGAAGCAAAGACUGGCGUUGCAACAGGUUCCAGUGUUUGUGGCAAGUAUAACUAUUUAGGUUCAUUUCAGCCCUUGGGCUUCCAGUCACGCGAUAUGGGUCUUUUCAAAGAUGAUGAUGGGUCGGCAUAUCUUUUAUCAGAGGAUCGCCCGAACGGUCUGAGAAUUGACCGGUUGACUGAUGACUACACUAACGUUACUUCCAAUACUUACCUGUGGAGUGAGCAUAUUGAAGCUCCAGCUAUUUACAAGCAAGAUGGCGUGUAUUUCAUGUUUGGGUCUCAGUUAACAGGAUGGGCUACAAAUGACAACAAGUACAGCGCUGCCACAAGUCUGAGUGGCCCUUGGAGUUCUUGGGCAAAUUUUGCUCCCACAGGCACGAACACCUACAAUUCCCAGACUGCAUUCAUCUUGGGAGUAGGACCAAAUGUGAUGUACAUGGGCGACCGAUGGCUCUCCAGCAACCUCAUGGCAUCAACUUACAUAUGGCUUCCAUUGACCCUGUCCGGGACGAGCGCCAACCUUACAAAUGAAGAUAGUUGGGUCAUCUCCCAGCAGGAGGCCUGGACAACCUCGCCGACACAAACCGCCCCCGAAGCCGAAUCCUCCUCUAACACCUUAUCCAACGGCGCCGUUACUCUCUCUUGCAGUGGCUGUUCAGGUAGCAAGUCCGUAGGAUACAUCGGAGGUUCCAGCGAUGGCGCCCUCCAGUUCAAUGGUAUCACUAGCAAUGCUACCACCAAGACCACCGUCCAGGUGAGAUACGAGAAUGGGGAUUCAACCCAGCGAUACGCUACCGUGACGGUGAAUGGGAACUCGCAGAUUCUGUCUUUCAUUCCUUCGACAAAUGGGAUUACACCAUUCUCGUCUACACUGAAUGUUGAGCUGAACGCGGGGGCUGCGAAUGUUAUUACUAUCAGCGGGUAUGAGGGGGGAUGGGGUCCGGAUGUCGAUCGCUUGUUGGUUCCAGAGCUCUAG